AUGUCGAAAAAACCUCAAGCAGCCGAGGUUCUCAUCCGCCUUCUUGUCAGUGCCGGUAAAGCCUCUCCAUCACCACCUGUUGGCCCCGCUCUGGGUGCCCGUGGUGUAAAGUCUAUGGAUUUUUGCAAGCAGUUCAACGACAAGACCAAGCACAUUGUACCCGAGACACCUAUGCCCACAGUGAUUACAAUCAAGCCCGACAGAACAUUCACAUUUGUCGUAAAGACUCCUCCUACAACAUUCCUUCUCAAGCGUGCAGCAGGCAUCGCCAAGGGUGCAUCCACCCCUGGUACUGAAGUUGUUGGCAGUGUUACUUUGAAACAUGUGUAUGAAAUCGCCAAGUUGAAGCAGCAGGACAACAAUUUGAAGCACCUGUCACUCGAGAGCAUCUGUGGAAGUAUUAUUGGUGUCGCAAAGAGUGUCGGAAUUGAGGUUGUGCAUUAA